AUGACAUCAUGCGAAGGGCAGUCGACCAGUGUCCUGCCAACAUCGUCGCAGCAUCAUAAAGGGUGCCCCAUGACCGACCUUGGCAAUUCCUUCUUGUUCGAGAGGAUGCCAGAAGAAGAAAACAAACAAUCGGGCGGUGGAAACCGCAAUGUACGCAGAGGAAGUUUUAGUGGACGUUCAAAUAAGCAUGGAUUCCGUGGCGGACGACGUCGUUUCGGUCAUGAAUUUACUUAUCCAAAUGGAGGCACGAAAGAGGAUCCCCUGAAUCUUAACGCCGUGAAACCUGUUGAAGAAUCUCAUAACACUAAACAGCUAGAAGAACAAGGCUCCAAGCUCCUAGAGGUGCUUGUCCCCAAGAAUGUAAAGGAUCCUCUCAAUUUGAUUGGUGUCGAGAAACAAAGAAAGAAGAGAAAACAUGCUGAAGAAUCAUUUGUUAGUGAAGAUGAAAUUGUAUCUCCUGUCCAACGUAAACAGAAAAAACAGCGAUAUCACAGCAGCCCGAAGCGGGAGCCGAAAGAAUCGACGUCAGCGAGUAGCCUCGAGUCUGCGGGCUUGAAUGCUGUUGAAGGUUCAGCCAGCGGAAGUAAGCCCAGUCCUGCCGAGCUAAAGAAGAUCCGUCAAGAGCACUUUAACAACAGAUAUUGCUAUGGGAAUUUUGAUCGGUAUUACGGUACGCGUUUGGAACCUGGUCAGAAGGAUUCCCGAUUAUUGGUCCUUAAGAAGGAAUGGUUUGAGAAGAAAAGUGUGUUGGAUAUUGGUUGCAACGUUGGUUUCUUAACUCUUUCGAUCGCAAAGGAUUUUGGACCACGUCGUAUUCUUGGUAUAGACAUCGAUGAUCAUCUGAUAGGUGUUGCCCGUAAAAAUAUCCGACAUUACUGCGAUCAGGAAAUUGAGUUCCUCGGAAAGUUUCCCGCAUCCUUCUGCACAAACUUUGGUCCUGUUUCCAACCAUACUUUAUCAUUUUCGACGAAAUUCCCGGACAAUGUGUGGUUCCGAAAGGAAAACUAUGUGCUAGAGAACGAAGAACUUUUAGAAACGGUUCAAGAAGAAUUUGAUGUAAUUCUUGCUCUGAGCAUAACCAAGUGGAUUCACCUUAAUUUUGGCGAUGAUGGUUUGCGUAGAUUUUUCCGCCGAGCUUAUAAUCAACUGCUACCAGGAGGCAGAUUCAUAGUGGAACCUCAACCGUUUGCGAGUUACAGGAAAAGAUCGAAGAUGACGGAAAAAUUGAAGACGAACUACGCUGCUAUAGAGUUCAAGCCUGAGGACUUUGAAAUGUAUCUAAUUGAAUCAGUUGGGUUUGAGAGUGUAGAACAUCUCGGUGCCCCUUGUGCGAAGACAAAAGGGUUUGAACGUCCAAUUGAUGUCUACUUGAAAAAACCGCCAAGGUUUAUGGAGCGAGAUACGAAGAACAGUGCCUAA